CACCGAUUCAAUUUCAGUACUCUUCUAAUUGUGCCAAAUCGAGUCCUUCACGGGGCAAUCUGAGUCUGUCUGGCUCUUGGGUUUCUUCCCUAGAUAUGGAACCAAAGACCCAGAGUAGAAAAAUCGAAGAAACAGUGAUCGAAAUCUUAAAAGAUGUGGACUUGGAAGAGGUGAAUGAGUACAAGGUCCGAACCAUGGCCGCCGAGAGGGUCGGCAUCGACCUCUCUGGCAUGGACCACAAGCGACUCGUCAGACGCGCCGUCGAGUCUUUUCUUCUUUCGUUGGAUGACAAAGCCCAAGAAGAAACCAAAGAAGUUGUACAAGAACAAGAGACCAGGUCGAAUGUUGAUGCAAAACACGUUAACGAUGGUGGAGCCGAAGUUAUAUACAAACUGUCAGACAACAGGAACGUGGCAAUUCAUGAUUUCAGAGGAAAAAAAUAUGUGACAAUUAGGGAUUACUAUCAAAAACAUGGAAAGCGGUUUCCUACUGCUAAAGGAAUUAGCUUGACAACUGAGCAAUGGUUGGCCUUUAAGAAGAGUAUUCCUGCAAUACAAGAAGCAAUUGGGAAGAUGGGAUCACGGCUAAGAUCUGAAGCAGUUGGAAAACAAAUUGAGGCAGAUGCCUCUAAUCCGGAGACUGCAGUUGCUCCUCAAGGAAUCCUGCUUGAAACAAACCAAAUCGAAGCAGAUAUGUGCAGUUCAAUGACUGCUUUUACUCCUGAAGUACUCACUCCUAAAGAGAGAAAACAAGUUGAAGCAAAUAUGUCUAAUUCAAUGACUGCUUUUGCUCCUCAAGGACUCAUUCCUAUCGAGACCACCCGUCUUGAUGGGAAAAAUUAUUAUUGUUGGGCUCACCAGAUGGGAUUUUUCCUAAAGCAAUUGAAUAUUUCUUAUGUGCUCACUGAUCCUUGCCCAAUUAUUGCCUUGAGCCCGGAAGCAAGUUCUGAAGAAAUUUCUCAAGCGAAAGAUGCUGCACAAAAGUGGGUAGAUGAUAACUACAUUUGCUGUCGCCACAUCUUGAGCUCUCUUUCCGAUCAUCUUUUUUAUCAAUACUCAAAGAAAACAUACAGUGCUAAAGAGCUUUGGGAAGAACUCGAAUUAGUUUAUGACGAUGAUUUUGGAACAAAGAGAUCACAAGUGAACAAAUAUAUCCAGUUUCAAAUUGUUGAUGGGAUCUCCAUUCUUGAGCAAGUUCAGGAGCUUCAUAACAUUGUCCAUUCUAUUAAUGCCUCUGGAAUGUGGAUUGAUGAGAACUUUCACAUUAGUGUCAUCAUUUCCAAGCUUCCCCCAUCUUGGAAGGAGUGUCGCACUAAGCUGAUGCACGAGGAUUUCCUCUCUCUCAAUAUGUUGAUGCAUCGUCUGAGAACUGAAGAAGAGUCUCGCAAUGAAGACAAGAAAAUGGAGCAUGUUACGAGGGCUCAUGGGGCAGACUCAAAGCUAGAAAAUAAGCUUGGACGUCAAAGAAGUGAAAUGAAGAGACCAGGGAUGCAGUGUGAGACAGAGAAGAAUGACAAGGCCAUAAUCUGCCACGCUUGUGGGAAGAGGGGGCAUUUAUGGAGACACUGUCACCUAAGGAAGUUUGACAUCCGGGAGAAGAGAAACGAAAAGGAAAACGAAGGUGGUCCUGCAGUUACAGAAGUUAACAUGUACGAGGGAAAUGGGGAAUUGUAGAUUAGUAGAUUGAUACACAUUUUACUAACAUUGGAAGAGCAUAUCUAAUACUUGUAACUGGCUAGGUAGAACAAAACUAGUAUGUGUUUUUUCUCCAGUGAACUGAGAGCUCAAGUUCCCUUAAAGGGUAGUGGUUUUCUCUGAGUGAUUUUUUUUGCUUGUAAGCAGGGUUCUGAUAUUGGCCACUCUUAAAUCUUUUUUUGGGCUUUUUGUUUUUCUGUGUAACAUGGUUACAAUAUUCCUGUAAAUACAAAAUUAGUCUAGAUUAAAGCUAAUUUGAUGUAAAA